AUGCGUCAUAUUCACGUGGAACUGGCUCGUAAAGACUCACCCGUAGAGCUCCAGGCUCAUGAUGGGGACCUGCCACCACCAAGUACCCCAGCUGAGGGCCCCGAUUCUGGGGUACGCAGGGGACUGCCCAGGCCGUUCGAUGAAGAGGAGAUCCGCCAGCAAAAAGUCUACCAGCUCUCCAUUUUCUCCCAGAGGGGGGGUUUUGCGGACACUCCCGAGGUGUCCCGUCCGGUCCGGGUCGGCGUCAAGAGAGGUUCGGAGGAACCCCUGAGCCCGGCCCACCCAAAACGUCUCCACGACGUGACGACGGAGAGCGACGACGAAUCGGAUGGUGAGGUCCUGUGCGGGGCGGGGCCUCCUGGUCCCCGCUUUGAGCGCUGGGAUUCCGAAAUCCAAACGCCCAGGUCGCCGCCAUCCCAGCCGCCGCUCUCUCCUUCUCACACACCUGUUCCCGGCCGACGGCCGGCGCAGCACAAUCACGACAGGCCGCUCCCCGACGCCUGGUCUCCUCUGUCGCCCAAGUCACCCCCGAUGGUGGAUCCCCAAACCCCACAUUCACAGUGGGGCGUUUCCGAACCUGACCCUGUGUCCUCCAUACCCCUAUCAGAGCCUCCGACGGCAGGAGAUGCUCCAGCCUGCUCCCUGGAAGGGAUUGGAAGUAGGGAUGGAAGCAGCACCAUGGACCUGGGAACUUCUUGCACGUCUGGUGGCCUCACGCCGCCUUUCAGGGGGCUCCAGGGGCCCAAGGAGGUCCUAGAAUGGACGAGGACGCUGGAAUCUUCACCGCCGGAGUGGAAAACAGCACCGCAGUUCUCUUGUUCCUCCUCUUCCUCCUCCUCGAACGGACUGAGCUCCUCAGAGAAAACUCCCGGGGAACCUUGGGCCCAGAUGAAUGGGUCUCCGUCCGUCUCCUGCCCAGCGAAAAAGAAGCUACUCUCUUCCAGCGACACCGGCGAGUCCUGCUCGGAGGACGAAGGCCCAUCAACCUCCAAAAGGAGCCGGCUGGCACUGCUGGCCCCAGGGCUGGGUCUAACCUCCUGCCGAAGCACCGAUGCUAAGGGUGCCCCCUUCUGGAACCACCUGCUACCUGCAGCCAGGGAGCACAAUAAGGGUUCUUCAGACUGUUCUCGUACAGGGAGGAGGCUUAAGUCUGGAAUCAGGCUAAAAUCACGGCAGUUGCGGAGCGGGCGACGAACAGAGAGUGUGCGGUCGACUCGGUCUGGCUGGCAGUUAGCCUCCAUCAGUAGACCCCUUCUAGGGAAUUUUGAGGAGUCCAUUCUGAAGGGCUGUUUCUCACCGUCUGGACGGAUCGAGGGCUUUACAGCUGAGAUUGGUGCCAGCGGCUCCUACUGCCCACAGCACGCCACCUUACCUGUCCAGGUGACCUACUACGACAUCUCAGAGCACAGCGCUCCCUCCCCCUUCCUGGGUGUAAUUUCCCUGGAGCCCCUGGGGAAGAAAGGAUACAGUGUACCCAAAGCAGGGACCAUCCAAGUGACCUUAUUCAACCCUAAUAAAACUGUGGUGAAGAUGUUUCUGGUGACGUACAAUUUCGAAGACAUGCCCGUCAAUCAUAUGUCCUUCCUGCGCCAUCGGAUUUUCCUGGUUCCUGUGGAGAAAGAGGAGGGAGAGACGCCCGACAGCACAGCUACAGACAGGAAGAAAAUCCUUUGCUACCUGAUACAUCUCAGAUUCCAGAGUUCCAAAUCUGGGAAAAUCUACUUGCACAACGAUAUCCGGCUGCUAUUCUCCCGUAAAUCCAUCGAGGUGGAUACGGGGAUCCCAUAUGAGCUUAAAUCCUUCACCGAGGUGCCAAGAAACCCCAAAUACUCCCCCCGCGUGGGACUUCACUGAACGCCGCCCCUGAGAGAGGAGGGAAACAUGCAAAGAGACUGUUUAAAAAAAAACAAAAAAACCACAAAACAGACAGACAAAAUGACAGGAUGAAAGGACGAGAGAGACUACAUACACACUGAUCAGGCACACACACACACAGACAGACACAAACACAAACAGAAACAUACACACACAUACACUCAUGGAGAGACUCUUUGGGUUUAGUGUUAACAUGCAUGCCUUGUGAUUUAAAAUAACA